CCUGACAGUUUUAGCUCCAAGAGUCUUGCGCUGCAAGCUCAGAAAAAGAUCUUGAGCAAAAUGGCUACCAAGACCAUGGCUAAUAUGUUGAUUGACGACACCAGCAGCGAAAUCUUUGACGAGCUGUACAAAGUGACGAUCGAGCACAUGAAAAGCAAGAAAGAAGCCCACAAGAUCAUGAAGGACUUGAUCAAAGUUGCCAUCAAGAUCGGGAUCCUCUACCGCAACAAUCAGUUCAACCAUGAAGAGCUGGAGGUCGUCGAGAAGUUUCGCAAGAAGCUGAACCAAGCGGCCAUGACCAUCGUCAGCUUCUACGAGGUGGAGUACACGUUCGACAAAAACGUACUUUCGGGACUCCUGCACGAAUGUAAAGACCUUGUUCACGAACUGGUGGAACGGCACCUGACAGCCAGGUCUCAUGCUCGAAUCAACAACGUCUUCAACAGUUUUGCAGACCUGGAGUUCCUCACCGCCCUUUAUAGCUUUGACGGGGAAUGUCGCCCACACCUCAAAAAGAUCUGCGACGGAAUCAACAAACUACUUGACGAGAAAAUCCUCUGA